GUGGCUGAAGGCGGGCCCAUCAGCCUUUAAGAAGAUAUAAUUAGAAAACAUUUUCCCUUGUUAAUCUGACAGUUGUUUGCAGAACUGAAUUACCUUGGAUUCUUAGGAAUGGACUCAGAAAUUAAGGAAGAAAUUCCUGUACAUGAGGAAUUCAUUUUAUGUUGUGGAGUUGAAACCCAAGUUCUAAAAUGUGGUCCCUGGACUGACCUCUUCAAUGAUCAAAGUGCCAACAGGCCUAAGCUGCUUAUUUUCGUUAUUACUGGUAACCCAGGUUUUUCUGCUGCUUAUGUGCCAUUUGUGAAGGCUUUGUACUCUUCAGUAAACAAACGUUUUCCAGUUUGGGUUAUCUCUCAUGCUGGGCAUGCCUUGGCCCCCAAAGACAAGAAGAUUCUUACAACCUCAGAUGAUCCAAAUGCUCAAGAAGUUAAGGACAUCUACGGACUCUGUGGUCAAGUAGAACACAAGCUAGCUUUCCUGAGAACUCAUGUACCAAAGGAGAUGAAACUUGUGCUCAUCGGCCAUUCAAUAGGCUGCUAUAUUUCCCUUCAGAUUUUGAAGCUUGCCCCUGAGCUCCCAAUAAUUCGUUCCCUUCUGCUCUUUCCAACAAUUGAGCGAAUAUCUGAGUCACCCAACGGCAGGAUCGCCACUCCACUUUUCUGCCGGUUUCGAUAUGCUCUCUAUGUUUCUGCAUACUUAUUACUUAAACCAUGGCCUGAGAAAAUCAAGUCCUUGAUGAUCAGAAAGUACCUUCAAAUGAUGAACCUACAGACUGAAUUUUCGUUACUGAACAUAUUGGAACCAUUCUGCCUUGUUAACGCUGCCUACCUUGCGAGCCAAGAAAUGAUGGAAGUGGUGAAGAGAGACAAUGAAACCAUAAAGGAACAUUUAUCGAAGCUUACAUUUUACUAUGGUACUGUAGAUGCCUGGUGUCCAAAAGAGUAUUAUGAAGACAUGAAGAAAGAUUUUCCAGAAGGAGAUAUCCGACUCUGUGAGAAAAAAAUACCUCAUGCUUUUGUCUUAGGUUUUCACCAGGAAAUGGCUGACAUGGUAGCUGACUGGCUAAAGGAUGAUCUGUCCAAAUAUAAAUACUGACACCAGGAAACAAGCACAGGCAGCUGGUAUAUAGAGGCAGUAGGUGUAAUAGAAUACUUAGUAGGUAAAUGUUUAAUUAUAAUGUUGGAUAUUAGAAGAGAAAAAACUGAGAACCUCUUGGCUUAAAAACACUCAGCUCCCAGAUCCCCAUGCCACAUGCUGAAGUGAACACGGGUGAUGAACUAUUCCGUAGAUUUAACAACACGUUAUCUGAGACUCAGGGAACACAGUGAUCGAAGCAAGGGCUCUUAUAUUUGCACGAGAUGCCCAGGGCACCGUUCAGUUUACUCUGGUAGGUAGGAUCCCUCUAGAAAAAAGCAAGUCCAAGUUUAGUUGAUUUUGAGUUACAUUGUAGAAUAGGCUCCCCUGGAGGAAACCAUGAAACACCUGCUAGAAAAUGUAAAGGAGAUCAGGGAAUGUUAGUGCAGUCAGAUCUGUGAAGUGUAUGAGCUCAAGAGAAGGAUACACUCAUGUUCCAGUAGCAGGAAAGGAUGAGCAGUGGAUCUUGGCAGUGGACCCGGGUCUCCCUUAAGGACAGAAGGUGAAGAUCAGCCCAGGCUAACUUUGCACAGGUCUGGGCUGAGAACAUCAGAAUCAGACUGGAUACCAGGACAGCCCACAGACCCACCUGUUACUACCUUGCAGCAUGUCACAAACCACCAAGUCAGCCUUUUUUCUGGCCAUCAGUGGCACAGACCCAGGCAGAGCCACCAUCAGGAAAGGUACUGUUUGUCUCCAUCUCUGAGAAGCUUCCUUGAGGAGUGUGACUUCCUGAUCUACCUGCAUUAGGCAGAGAAUAAAGUUUGCCAGACAUUCCUCUUGUCAACUAACUAGAACAGAGUUGUUGAAGGAUCCCAACUAUGCCUCCCAACAGCGGAUAUCCAGCAAGCUCUGUCUGAGCCUUAGCCUGCUGGGUUGUAAGCUCCCUGCAGGCUCCUCUUCUCCAGAACCCGGAUGGGGAGGCACUGGGCUGUCCCAAAUCAAGUCCAUACCUGCCACAUGCAGUUGCCUCUUCCGUGAUUUUUUUCAAUAAAACUCCAUUGAGGACCAGCAAUGAGCCAAGUACCAUGCUAGGCACUGAGGAGAGAGUUCCUAGCUACAUUAUGACUCUUCUUCUGAAAAUCUUAUAGUAAUUCUUGAAAGGGCAUUUUUAAAUUGCUGAAUGGAGAAUUACCGUAAAUGAGUUCUCCAUGUCUGCAUUAGCUUUGUUAGUUGGAAAGAAAUUAUUUUCAUAAUGGACCAAAACAAGCCAUUAAAUUAUGUGAAUUCAUCUUCUCUGGAUGCUUGAAGUCUAGUAAGAGGAAGCAUGUUCUCUGGCCUAGAGCGCGCUAACAGCAUUGCUGCCCUCCCUGAAUUGACUCAAUCCCGGGACCUUAGGAAGCAAUACAUCCUCCCGACUGCAGUGAUGGUCAAUGAUGGAUCAGACACAUUCGGUUUCUCCUAAAGGAAAUCCCUCAUGGCGUUAUCAUUCUUUCAGGACAAUGGGAUAUUGUCCUUCCUCUCAAAACCUAAACCGCCUGACGAAAGAUUCAACUCUGAUAUGCCGCCAACCCAGUGGUGAGUGUUGAAUGAGUUACUAUCCUUUGGCAUGGCUUCUGCAUCAGAGCAAGUGACUUCUCAGAGGGGAAAAGCCAAGAGCCAGGGAAGGAGUGCUCUUUGCCCUGAGAGGAGCCAGUAGACGCAUAGGCCAUUGGCACAGGGCUGCACACAAAGUCCUUAUUGGCAUCUGCAUGGGGUGGCCUUCCAGAAUUCUGACGUUAGAAGCUAGAACUCACGGCUCUGAAGUGCCUUGCUUGCAAGAGAUACUCGGUAGUACUAGCCGGACACACUAGCCAGUCCCUUACUGAGUAUAUCAUGCUACUGGAAUACAGAAUAACAUCCCCAGCUUUUCUUACAGUGUUAUUUUACAGCAUCACUCUGUGUUUCUGAAGUCCACAUGUAUAAAAUCGAAUCUUAUUUUAUAGGUUUUUUCAGAGCCUAAAAAGUAAAAUGUUAAAGUAAAAGAUAUUGGUUCUUAUUUCCUGUUUAUCAUCUAAGCACCAAAUGAAUUUUCGAAAUAAAUGUUUUCCCAGCACUGUGA